CUUUUUCUGUUUUUCUUUUUUUAUAUUAGUGAUCCUCUUUGAGCCUGAAGGUAUUGAUUUAAAGCUGACAGAACUCCUCCACUUCUCCUUUUUUUCUCUAGGAAGUAAGGCACAUGACCAUCUGCAGCUGAUGUAAGAGUUUCUCUUUGUGCAAAGUUCAGGCACCCACUGCAGAUUAGUCACUGGCAGAUUAGAGGUAAGGUCCUAACAGACGUGCCUCAACCGGCCACUCACUGAGCGCUAUGUGAUGGAAAGAGGGGGGGGACAUCUCACCGCAGCUGGACUGUCACGCCAAGCUCAGAGCAAAUAAGGAAUGCCUCCUACCAAGCAGCAGGAAGCUGGUGGAGAUAUGGAGAGGAUCAAUAAGGAGACCGGGGAGCUGAGCGCCUCUGGGGAGAUUGCAGAGAGCACAGAACUGAAGACAGACAAAGCCCAGACUGAGCCUAGCACACAGGAGGACACACACACUGACGCAAACGCAGUCACGGCUCUCCAGCAGCAGCUCUUACAGCUCAGCCAGGCCGCGGCUGAUCAGAGAGAGCAUGAGCUUGAUCUGCUUCUGCCUCUGUUUAUUCAGGUGUCUGAAAGCAACAGCGCUGAUGAGGACUUGGACCUGAAGGAUUUGGCCUGUCAGAUUGGAGAGACGCUGGUGUGUCACAUACAGCAGAGAGUUGCAGGAAGACCUGCAGAAGAAGCACGGUAUGAGCUGAAGCAGUUUUUUCAGCACACAGAACACAGCAGCGGUAAAGGAUGGCUGCUGUUGAAAUCCAUUUCUAUUUUGUCCUCCAGUGAAGCUGGAACAAAUGCUGCAAUUGAUACUGGACUGGCUGCUGCUUUAGUGAAGUGCCUCUAUCUGUUUGUAGCACUGCCUGCAAGAAAGGCCAACAAUGAGACAGACGACUCUGCAUGUUCAUUCCAAGAUAUUUUUAUUAAGGUGAUUUUGCAGCUGUGCAGGCAGGUGCAGUUUGUGGAAGAGCUGGUGGAGACUCAGGAGCUGCAGUGUGUGAUAAUCGCGCUCACUUCCCUGUGGGACCAGUGCAGCUCCUCAUGGCGGAGACAGGUCUCGCGCGUGCUCAGGGCUGUGUCAGCAGCCCAGGUGCCAAACACCGUCCCUGCACUGCAAGUGAAGAAUUGUAUGAAGAUUUGCAUCCAGAACAUGCUGAAAAUGAGCCAGCACGUCCCUGGGCCGGUCCUAGCAGAGGUGGCUGUGAGCGUUUUCAGCUUUGUGAAGGACUCUUACCCAAUCAAUCCUGCACUUUUCGAGGAGUUUGAGAACAACGAUGGCUAUGCAGUGCUCCAGACCAUCAUGGCACGCUGCGAGGAGGAAACGGCACAUGAGGAUUUCUCUUCUGUGAAAGACCUCUUGUGCCUCAUUGCUUCGUUCACCUUGUUUGGGAAAGCAGAGUUAAAAGUGGCCCUCUGUGUGAACAACCCCCAGCCGCCGGGCUUCAAGUUCGACCCCGCCCUGACCAAAGGCUCUACAGUGAAGAACCUCAGAGCUUUUAAAAUCAUCCAGGCCUCUUUCCUGCGUUCAGGCAGUGCACUGACCUGCAGUCAGAUCCUGCGCACGGUGCAAAUGAUCUGGUCUUGGGAUAAAGCUAACUUCUUCCUGCUGGAGUGGACGCUGCAGUGUUUGGCCCAGUUUGCUGAGUGUGUGUGGCAGAAGCCUGCAACUGUCCAUCGCCUCUUUUUCGAGCUGGUGGAAAUGGUGGUCUUUCAUCUCUCCUACAUCCCCCAUGACACGCUGAAGAAGGUGCAAGCCAUGCUGAAGGAGGGCUCUUCACAGGCGUUUAGCAUGGCCGCCCUGGAAUGCUUCCAUGGUCUUGUGAUGCGCAGUGGGCUGCUCUCUGAAGUGCUGAUUGAUGGUGGUCUGAUGGAGCUGCUGCUGGUGGAGCUCAGAAGGAGAGCUAAGAUCCUGAGGAAGGCCGGCGUCACAGCGAGCAAGGAUGAUCUGAGGGUGGAGGACUGUGAGAGGCAACUCACCACCAACAUGUUAAAUGUGGUUUCAGCUCUAGCCAUGAGAUCUGUCAGAAAUACAGCAUGUAUACGUGACUUGGGGAUGAUUCCCUAUAUAAAGAUCUUUCUGAAUGAUGAGCAGUUCCGCAGUCCAGCUCUGUGCAUUCUGGAGCAGCUGUCUGAGAUGAACCCAGAGGAGUACAUGAGCACUGCUAUCGGAGCUCUCUGCUCCUCCACUGAAAAUGAACUGCGAUUCAAACUGGAUGUGCUGCAGUCAAUCCUUAAAGUGCUAGACAACCCAAACAGCUGGAAUGCUUUCCGGACGGCGGGCGGUUUCAACGGUCUGCUGUCCAUAGUAGUGGAUAUGGAAGGGGCUCUGCUGGAGCAGCCGCUGGGGGUGUGGGCCUCUGUCAGUCACAGCAGCCUGAUGGAGCUUCUGCUGCUCACCCUGCACGUUGUCGCCCUGGUUGUGCACCUGCAUCCUGUCAACGCCCACUUCUUCCACACCACCGGCCACUACGAGAAACUGGCCGAGGCUCUGCUGCAGCUGGGCUGUUUCCAUGACAGUGUGCACAUGAAAGCAGAUGUAGCCACGGAGUGUCGCUCAGGCCAGAGGAACUACCGGCAGUUUGUGGAUGUGGCUGAAAGCUCUGGAUCCCCACUUCCCAAAACUCUGCGGGAUUGCAUCAGGCUGCUGAACUUUCUGGAGCAGUUUAGCACCGGGGUCAGUAUGUCUGUGGACAUGUGCUCCGGCCUGGAGGCUUCAGAGGUGGAGGAGAGUCAGCAGACUCCCACAAUCCCCAAGACAGGAGAGGAGGACUUCCAGGGCCGAAUUAGAAAUGCAGCACUUUCCAUUUCAUCCGGAUGUGGAGAGUCUGGAAGGUUUUCCUGUGAGCAUACAAUACUGCACCCUGGAGCAGUUAAGGUCAUGAUGAUUCUAGUGCCUCAUAUUUACUUUCCCAGUGACCCUCAGAUGUCUGCAGAACUGCAGUUAGCUGUAACCGGUCAUGUGCAGUCUAUGGUGAAGUCAGAGCAGAACAGACAGAUCAUGUGUGAGUCUGGUCUGCUGGUCACUCUGCUGACCCACUGCAAGAGCAUCCUCAGCAACAGCGGCCACUUACUACACCUGCCUGUGGUGCGCAUCCUGGAGAAGCUGGCUUCCCAGUCUAUAGACCAUAAGUGUCUCAGGCAGUUCCUGUGUUUAGGAGAUCCUCUUAUGUGUAAUACAGAGAAAUGUUUCCCUCCUUCCAUCUCAGAGGCGGAUCCACCACUUCCCAAUGGACAAUAUACUGACAAAGCAGAUGAUUUGGUAAAGACUGCCAAAAAAACUCACAAGAAGUCUUUAAAAAGGACUUUCAGCUUACUGUGGACGUCCCCAAAGAGUAGAAUACCAAUUCCUCUUCACCGCAUCAUCAGCCUUGUUUCAAUGACCUCACCACGGAGCUUCCGACCCCACAAGGUGUCUGUUUCCCCAUCAUUUGCGGAGUUUGACAUGACUGACAGUGGAUAUGGGUGUCUCUUUUUGCCAUCUCUCGCUACAGUAAAAGGAGUUAGUGCAGAUUGCAUCUCUACAGGAGGAACCAGCAGUGACUGCCGGGGUUUUCCUCCCUCUGCUGGUCUGUCUUUCUCUUGCUGGUUUCUGAUCAGCAGGUUCAGCUCUGCUUGCGACUCGCACCCAGUACGUCUACUGACAGUGGUGCGCCACAUGUCCCGCGCUGAGCAACAGUACUGCUGUUUGUCCGUCAGUAUAUCUGCCUCUGACGGCUGUCUGGUCAUCUCCACUGAAGAGGAGCCCUAUCAGUUCUUAGACAUACUGGAGCCUGAAGUCCGGACUCCAACGACACUGCCGAUCACAGUGCGUUUUAAGUGCUCCAAACAGCUGAUGCCAGGUCAGUGGCAUCACCUUGUUGUUGCCAUGGCCAAAGACAUCAAAAAGAGCUGCAAAGUAUCUGCUUAUCUGAAUGGAGAGGUCAUUGGAACAUCAAAGAUGAGGUACAUUCAGCCAUUCCCUGGUCAGUGCAUUGCAAUGGAUGCAUCAGCAGUUAUUGACGUGUGUGGGAUUAUUGGAACUCCUCCUAUCUGGAAACAGCAUGCAGCGCUGAUCUGGCGGGUUGGUCCUGCGUACCUUUUUGAAGAAGUGCUGAGUGCUGAUUCUGUAGAGAUCAUGUAUGCACAGGGCACAAAGUAUAUAGGCAACUACCUGGCUCUUGAUGUACAAGCAGAUUCUUCAAUGAGGCUAAUCCCUCCUGAGAGAAUCUCCUUUGGAAUAAAUCCAGCAGUGUUUACUGUGACAACAGUAGCAGAGAUUAGAGACCAGUACAAUGAAGUGGACUGCCGCCUUAUAGCCAAAGAGAUGGGAAUCACAUCAAGAGAUAACUCCACUCCUGUCUUUCUGGCCCGAAAUAUCAGUCAGCACCUCAGUGGAACUGCUAGAACUAUUGGGGCUGCCCUGGUUGGUCGUUUUGCGGUUAGGACAUUUACGUCAAACAGCGCUGCCACUAGUUUCCAGUAUGUUGGUGGACCUGCAGUUGUCCUCAGCCUGGUAGCGAUGGCGUCAGAUGAUGGCUCUUUGUAUGCAUCCAUCAAAGUUUUACUGUCUAUAUUAGACACAAAUCAGGUCAUGAGGCGUGAGAUGAAACGCAUCAAUGGAUAUAAGCUAUUUGCCUUCCUCCUGAAGAUGAAGGCGCACUUGAUUAGUAGCAGGACCUUCCAGCUGAUUUUGGCCAUAGUGGGUGCCAUGGAGCUGACAACGGGCUGUAUUUAUAUCCAUGAUCUCACAGCUCUCCAAGACAUCCUCUGUGAUUUUGAGGUCUGGCAGAAGGCACCAGAAAGUCUGGACUUGUCUGUUUUAAAUCAUUUUGUUGAGAUCCUGAAAUCAUCAAGUGGAGAUCCACAGAAUGCUGAGACCAUGCACAGCCUUGACCUGAUGGCUAAGCUCCUCUUCCUGCUGCAGGAUCCCAGUGUGACACACAGAAAAGUCACUGUCAUCUGCACCAUCGUCAAAUACCUGCUGCAAGGACACUUCAGCACUGCAGACGUCCGCAGGCUUGGACUUUUCUUAAUUUAUACUCUGAUGCCGCCGUCUGUUGACGAGAACACCGCCUUCCCUGGUAACAUUUCGGAUGAUCAGUCUCAGUCCCUGAGCCAAACACCUGCAAGAACCGUCUGGAUCAGGAACCAGCUGCUGGAGGUGCUGUCCUCACUAAUCAUCUGCGACAGUCCUCUACCUAACAAUAACCAGGAAGAGGUGUUCCUUACGCUGGGGUCGGAUUGGUUCCUCCUCUUCUUACAGGGACACACCCACUCCAGCACAGUGUUGUUGAUCAUUAGGCUGCUCAUCCAUUUCCUGUCCAAUCAAAGCAUACUGACCAAGUUUAGAGAUGGCGUGUCGCCAGGAACACUUGUGGAAAGCAUGGAGAUGCCCCAAGAUGUCAUUGGUCACUUGGGGUUACACUCCUGGUCGUUUGAGUGUUUGAGCUGCACGUGUCCUGGAUUUACAGUACUGCCCAGACUGCUGCUCAGCCACAUAAGCUCUCCACAGAUAUAUGGAGCUUUUGCCGCCCUGCUGAUGGGAAAAGCAGAUUUUCACAUACCUAAUGGACAGGUGGAUCUUGACAGCUUACUCCAAAGUGUGAUUGACAGCUUCACAAAUGAACAAGUUCAGCUCUGCAUAGAAGCUGCCUGCGUCCUCAUAGAGCUGGUCAAGAUGAUCAUUUGUAAGCCUGUAACAGGAACUGAAGGCAGCUGGGAGGUCCAGUAUCCGGGCAGUGUGAUGCAGUUCCUCUGCCUGCUCCACAGCCUCUUUCCCCGAGAUCCUCUGUGGGCCUCCACUGACUUCCUCAACUCUCUGGCCAGUGCAGUUUUCCCCACUGAAGCUCCUGAGAGCUUUGCAGGUCUCCAGGGGAACGGGGAGGCCAGGACUGUGGGGGAGUCCCCAGUGGCCCGCCUCUCUCACCCUGCUAGGAAGCAGGUGUGUGAUUUCAUUCGCAUCCUGCUGAUGGACAGCCUCAUAAACAUUCCCGCCAAAGAUCAUAAUCACCCUUUUAUUCAGCUGCUCGAGUUCUCUCCAGAUGGUGUGUGUCAGGAGCAGAAGCAGAGCUUUCAAAGUGAGCUGCUGGAGUUCUUAAUGGACAUCAUUCAUAUGACGGGGCAAGAGGACGGUCAGUCUACACAUGUGGCCAGAGACGAUCCAAAGCCGUCCAAAUCCAAACCGGAAGGCAAGGUGGCCAUACUGAUUGAGAACGUAGCUUUCUUCAGUAAGAUGCUGGUAGAGAAGCUCUAUACUGGCAUGUUUGUGGUGGAUCCGGAAAAUUUGCUGGUUUUCGUAGCUGAGCAGAUAGCUGUGGCGAUGGAGAAGGCACAGACUCAGCGGGAGUCCACAGUGAGUGUCCUGUACAAAAGCAUGAACAGGGCUCUGCUGUACUUCCUCUCACGGCCCAGGCAGACCCCGGCUGAACAAGAGCUGGUUCUCCGGACCCUUACGGUGCUGCAGCAGCACUGGGACGUUAUCAUGGCCACCUAUAAUGCCAACGUGCACUUUAUCAGCUGCCUGCUGCACUGCCUGCUUCUGAUCCGCUCAGGAAGCUUUCAAGAGGGGUUUGGGUGUGAAAUGCACAAAAAGUCAUCCAAAAAAAUCUGGCGGCACCUUUUCCCGCACAAGAACAACCGCAUGAUGACCCCGGUCGACAUCCCUGAUUCAGCAGCUGAAAUGGAGUCUGAGCUGAUGAAGCUUGUGGAGAAUAUAUGGAGUAAAGUGAUGCUGGAGAGGAGACAGUCGCUGGAAGAAGCCUAUAAGAUUGACCUGUCAGCAAAGCAAGCAGGCAGAGAAGUCCCAGUCUCCAUGAUGGAUGUGAGCCCUCUCUGGGAGGAGACAGCAGAAAAAGCCUGGCAGGUUUUUAUAGAUUCUCAGAAAAAGAAGAUGAGUAAUGUCCAGAAGAAGGCGGGUCUUCUCAGCAGUGUACACCGGUCGCCUCAGAGGAGAGCCGGAGUGGACUCUGACUCCAGCGUGGAGACAUUUUUGGCAGAUAUGGAAGUUCACAGGAAGACUGGUGAAGAGAUGUUUGAGCGGUUGCUGAAGAGUCAUAUGCAGAUGCUUCACUGUGAGAAUGAGCGAAUGGCUGCUCAGUGGGUGAGAAUAGAGGAAGACUUGCUUCGGGAAAGGGGCCUCUUUGGCCCUGGUCCAGACGUCUUCAUCAACCAAGGCUGGGUUCAGGAUGCAGCAGAGGGGCCCAACCGAACAAGACCCCGUAUCCGCAGGAAGGCUUUGCGGCGCUCAAAGAAGUUGCCGUCUCUGAUGUCGGCACUGCAUAUGAAAAGCAGCGUUGUUGAGGAAAGUAAAGGUGUGGCAGAGCUCCCCAGUGCUGAUUCAGAGCUCAGGACACUAUGUGAGGCAGGCAGAGAAGCAGAAGAGGAGCCUGGCUCAGACUGCGAGCGGCUGACUUUUUUCCCCACGCUGACUGAAGCUUCAGCUCCUGUAGAGGAUUUGCACUCUGAGCAGUGCGCAGAGACUCAGCUCAUCCUGCAGCAGCUGGCCGCCAACGAGGAGGUCAAAGCCAAGCAGUGUGUGGCUGUAGUCAGUGGCCAUAUGCUGACAGAAGGGGUGCUAUUGUAUGGAAAGACAGAUCUGUACAUCUGUGAAGGCUUUACUCUCACCUCUAGUGGAGAUGUGUGCUGUGGGACCCACCACCCCACCAGUGUGAGAGACUCAUUUAUUUCUGAAAUGCUGAAGAAGGAACAGAGCUCAGUAAAUCCGGCCUGCAGACGCUGGCCAUAUGCGGACAUUAAAGAGGCUCGCUUCAUGCGUUUCCUUCUUGAGGAGAAUGCCAUUGAGAUCUUCAUGAGGAAUGGAUCCUCAGUGUUCCUGGUGUUUGUGAACAAAGACCAUGUCGGGGCUUUUAAGAGGUUGUGCUCUGUAGUGCCUUCAUUAAAGGGAAGAGGAGUGGCGGAGGCUGUGCAUAAUGUCAGAAGGACAGCAGCACUUGAGAAGACAGCUCUUAUUAAAUGGCAGAAAGGAGAAAUGAGCAACUUUGAGUACCUCAUGCAUUUGAACACGCUUGCUGGAAGGACAUACAAUGAUUUGAUGCAAUAUCCAGUAUUCCCAUGGGUUCUUGCUGAUUAUGAAUCAGAGACACUGGAUUUGUCAUCCUCUACAACAUUCCGGGAUUUGUCCAGGCCGAUGGGGGCACAGACUGAGAAAAGAAGAGAGAAAUUUAUUGAGCGGUACAAUGAAGUAGAUAGUAAUGAUGGUGAUCUGUCUGCACAGUGUCAUUACUGCACACACUACUCCUCAGCCAUCAUAGUGGCGUCCUACCUGGUGAGGAUGGAGCCUUUCUCACAGACCUUUCUGUCUCUGCAGGGUGGAUCGUUUGACGUUCCUGAGAGAAUGUUUCACAGUGUGCAGAGAGAGUGGGAAUCAGCUUCUAGAGACAACAUGAGUGAUGUGAGGGAGCUCAUUCCAGAAUUUUACUACCUGCCAGACUUCCUCGUCAACUCCAAUAACUUUGAAUUUGGCCGUAUGCAGGACGGAACCUCUCUGGGUGAUGUGGUUUUGCCACCGUGGGCAAAAGGAGAUCCACAGGAGUUCAUCCGGAUGCACAGAGAAGCUCUGGAGAGUGAUUAUGUGAGUGCAAAUCUACACCUGUGGAUUGACCUGAUCUUUGGCUACAGACAGCAGGGUCCGGCCGCAGUAGAGGCUCUCAACACCUUCCACCCUUACUUCUACACUGAUAGGCACGAUGCCGAGAGCAUGAAGAACCCACUGAAGAAGAGCACCGUCCUUGGCUAUGUCAGCAACUUUGGCCAAAUUCCCAAACAGCUCUUCACAAAGCCUCACCCCAACCGAGCUGCACACAAGAGCUCUGCAAGCAAAGAGGCAUCCGGAGCCAAUCACGUCACUCCGUUCUUCUUUCGACUGGACAAGCUGAAGCCCUCGGCCCAGCCCAUAAAAGAACUGAUGCACGGCUCUGUCGGUCAGAUUGUUUGUGGAGAGAAAGACGUGUUGGUCGUGGAGAAGAACAAGCUGCUGAUGCCUCCUCACUGGAACACCUACUUCUGUUGGGGUUAUUAUGACAACACAUGCUCGUUUGGCAAUUAUACUACGGAAAAGGGUUUUGCAGUGUGGGAAGGUCUAUCGGACUGGGGCGAGACUGUGUGCGCGGCCUGUCCCAACAGUAAUACACUCAUUACAGCUGGGAGCAGCACAGUGGUUUGUGUGUGGGAUGUUUCCAUAAGCAAGGACAAGCUCAAGCACAUGAAUCUCAAACAGGCAUUGUAUGGACACACAGACACAGUAACGUGUGUUGUAGCAUCAGAGGCCCACAGUGUGAUAAUCAGUGGCUCUCAGGACCAGACGUGCAUUCUGUGGGACCUCGAAGAACUCAGCUAUAUCACUCAGCUACCAACACACUCCUCCAGCGUGUCUGCCCUGGCCAUCAAUGACUUGACAGGUGAAAUUGUAUCAUGUUCAGGAACACAUCUGUACCUGUGGACAAUGAAGGGUCAGCUCUUGGCAUCUGUUAACACCCCGUACGUGGCAGAAGGCAGCAUCCAGUGCUGCUGUUUCACACAGAAGUGCGAGUGGGACUCGCGUAAUGUCAUCAUCGCUGGCUAUGCAGACGGCAUUGUGAGGAUGUGGAAGACUGAAUAUACAAAGGUACAAUUACCUGGACACAAGGAGCGCGUCGAGUCUCUGGGGCAUGCCGUGUCUGCGUCUGCAGAGGACACAGAGCGCAGCAGAGCGAGGUGGGAGAGACACCUGGUCCUGUGCAGAGAACUGAACCGGAGUCAAGCCAUUUCCCGCCGACGCUACAAAAACAACCCCGCCGUCACUGCACUGGCCAUAUCCAGGACUCAUGGCACACUGCUGGUAGGUGAUGCCUGGGGCAGAGUGUUCAGCUGGACUUGCGAGGGCUAAAAGCGGUCAAAUGAGCAUCGAUCACGGCCCACACACCGUCCAGCCGGGACUGUAGCCCACUGGUUCUGUAUCUCAGCUCCCCAGUGCCUGUCCCUCCCUGCUCCAUGCACCACUGCUGACUCCGCAAACCCGCACGGGGGCCUGCUGGGUUAAAGGAAUGACUCAUUCUUCUUUGGACUCGAUGACAUGUUCUGGCCCGAGUCAGAAACAAGACUCUGCUUAUUUAAGAAACGAAAGAUGCGGCAAGAUUUUUUUUCUUUUUCCUCUUUUUUCUUCAGUCUGGGCCACACUGUAGAUCAUUUUUAUUGUAGAGUAGGUUUCCCCCUCCUUCAUCUCUAUAGAUGAUCCCAAAGCCAAGGCUUGUUUAUUUUAGAAACACUGCAGGAGUUUCAGGACCAGCUGUCUACAAUCCAUGCAUUAUCUUAUCUGGAGAACGUGCUGUUCUUUUAUACUCAAUUUUCCCCUAUGAUGUUUGGUCAGCUAAUGUUUUUAUGUUGUGUUUGUGUGUGGGGGAAUAUGUGUUUCAGUGAGCAGCAGGCUUCUGCUCGCAGUACAACUGCACUAGAAUCUACCAGUUUGUAAGUAUUGUAAGAUUUAUGCUGUAUGUAAUGUAAAUGUAUGUGAAUACAACUUGUAUUUUACAUAUUUUGUUGCACAGGGUCAAUACUUUAAUGUGUAAUGUUAUAGAAGUAUGUUUUCUUUUGUCUUUUAUGAUAAUGAUAUAAAAAUGAGAAAAAGAUUUUGACA